AUGUACACCAUUGACGAGCAAUAUCGCCGUAUUCGAACUCUAGGCAAAGGAAAUUUUGGGAAAGUAUACCUAGCUGAACAUCGACAGACAUUGCAACAGGUUGCUAUAAAGACUGUUGAUAAACGAAACUUCAAAAAUGAGGACCAAAAGAUUCACGCUCUUAAUGAAAAAAGUAUCUCACACGAUUUCUCCAUGAGACUUCACCACAAAAACAUUGUAGAGGUAUACGAAGUUAUAACGGACGACGACUUUAUUUACAUCAUCAUGGAGUACCUUGAAGGUGGAGAGCUUUUCGACAAAAUAAAGGAAAGGGGAAGACUAGAGGAAAAUUUGGCUAAACAAUGGUUCAAAGAGAUUGUCGAAGCUGUCAAAUACAUUCACGAUAAUGGCAUAGUGCACAGGGACCUGAAGCCGGAAAAUGUGCUUUUGGACAAGAAUCAACAUAUACGUCUUUGUGAUUUUGGGUUCGGCAAAGUGUGCGAUGAUCAGCAGUUAUUGACUACGUAUUGCGGUUCACCUUUUUACGCCGCUCCGGAGAUGGUGACAGCCACACCUUACACCGGACCUAAGGUCGAUAUUUGGAGCUGUGGUGUCAUAUUAUUCGCAAUGCUCUCAGGAAAACUUCCUUUCCAAUGCGAGAACAUGCCUGAUUUGUUUAAAAAAAUAAGCAUUGGCGCUUACAAUGUACCACACUCCAUCAAGUCGUCCCCCGCUGCACUCAUAGCAAGAAUGCUUUGUGUGAAGCCUGCUGAUAGAGCAUCUGCGCAAGAUAUUUUGGAACACGCAUGGCUUAAUGGAAAUUACACCGAUACUCAAUCUUUAUCAACCCCUGUACCUCUUACUAUGCCAAAGCCUCUACCUGGCACCGAAGAGAAUGAGCCAUCAUCAAAAUCUGAUAAAGCUCGGGAAAAUAAAAUGGAACCCGAGGUUAGCCAUCCCGUCGUGACACACCAACCAAAGGCUCACACCAAGGAGCAACAGAGCAACGCGGCCAAGAAAAAUGUAACCGGAGAAUCAGAGAAGAAAAAGAAAUCGGACAAGGCCACUGGACCGCAGCCGCAAAUCAAGGAUAAAUCGGAUUCUAAACCAAAAAAGACGGGAUUAUUUGCUGGCAAGAGAAUCCAAGUUGCCCCUCUGAAGACAAAUAAUCAUAUUGCCGAAGUAGCGACAAAGAAAGUGAAGGAAGUUGAUGCCAAGCUGUUAGAUAAAAUUCGAUCAUUGUUCCGAGUACCGAAGAAAAGAGUUACAGCUGCGUGA